UGUGGAAGUGUGAAACAUAUAAAAUAACAAUUACAGAAAUUAUAUUUAUAUAUAUGAUGGGAUCAUCAGUGUCUUGCUUCAUUUUCUCAAGCUUUCUUUAUAAUCUCAUAUAUAUUCUUGUCUUUCUGAAUUUACUGUUGUGUUUCUCUUUCUCGCAGCCAUCUUGCCAUGAUGACGAAAGGACAUCAUUGUUGCAAUUUAAAGAAAACUUCAUUAUCAGCAAGUCUGCUUCUCGUCGUAGUACUUCUGCAUAUCCAAAGGUUUCUUCAUGGACACACGAAGCUGAGACAAGAAAUUGCUGCUUGUGGGAUGGUGUUGAGUGUGAUGAGAAGACGGGCCAUGUGAUCGGACUUGAUCUCAGCAGCAGCUUUCUCUAUGGCACCAUCGACUCAAACAGCACCCUUUUCAACUUGCUUCACCUCCAGAGGCUCAAUCUUUCAGACAACCAUUUCAAUUACUCUCAAAUACCCACUGCUGUCAAGCGACUUUCUAUGCUCACCAGUCUCUGGCUAUUUGACUCUGUCUUCUCUGGUCAAAUUCCCUCAGAAGUUUCGGAACUUUCCAAAUUGUCUGCUCUUUAUUUGUGCCGUAAUGUUGAUCCAUUUUCUGGAGAAAAUCUAUUGGAACUGAAGAAUCCCAAUUUGGAGAGCUUUAUUUCAAACUUGACAAGCCUUGAGGUGCUUUGUCUCAGUCAAGUUUACAUAUCAUCGACACUGCCUAAGUCCCUGGCGAAUUUAACUUCUUUGACAAAGCUAUACUUGAGGGAUUGCGAACUGAAAGGUGAAUUUCCAGUCAAUAUUUUUCAACUGCCAAAAUUACAAGAGCUCAGUGUGCGGUUUAAUAAAGAUCUUAGUGGAAGAUUUCCUGUGGUACUUAACGAGAGAAGUUCUCUUAAAAAAUUGUUGUUGUCUGGCACUAGCUUUUCGAGUGAACUACCUUUUGAAAAACUUGCUUCUUUGAGUGUGUUGGUAGUUAGCGGCUGCAACUUUUCAGGAGUGAUUCCAAUUUCCAUAGGCAAGAUGAAGCAGCUCACUAUUCUAUCCCUUAGUGAAAAUAAAUUUUCUGGACAAAUCUCUUCUUAUCUGUCAAACCUUACCCAACUCAACUAUUUAUAUCUUCACUCAAAUCAUUUUAGUGGCCCAUUUCCUAUGCCAAUAUUCUCGAAACUCGUGAACUUGGAAUUGCUUUCCAUAGCUUAUAAUAAUUGGAUAGGCACAGUAGAAUUUGACAUGUUCAAAGGCCUCACAAACCUCAAUGUCAUUUCGCUAUCAGAUCUCAAACUCUCACUACCUCAUAUAAAUGAAACAUUUCCACAAUUGAGAGAACUAGAUUUGGUGCACUGCAAUUUAAGAAAGUUUCCUGAAUUUCUUAGGCAUCAAAAAAGAAUGGAGUCAUUAACUCUUGAAGGUAACCAUAUUGGUGGUGGAAUACCAGAAUGGUUGCAAAAUAUAAACAGAGAAACAUUGAGAAUUUUAUCUCUUUCUACAAACUCCCUAACAGGGGAACUUUCACCUACAACUUGCAAACUUAGUUCUCUUAUCGUGCUUGACUUGUCCCAUAAUAUGUUGGUUGGUAAACUUCCCAAUUGUUUCGGUAGGUUUAGUAAGUCAUUGUCUUCAUUAAUUCUCACAAACAACUCUUUUUCUGGCAAUAUUCCAAAAUUUACCGAGAGAAACCAACUGAAACAUAUUGAUUUAAGUUAUAAUCUCUUUGAAGGGAAGUUAUCGCAUUCACUUACAAAUUGUAAGAUGCUUGGACACCUCAAUGUUGGAAGCAAUGAGCUCAAUGAUGUGUUCCCUUAUUGGUUAGGGACUCUUCCAGAGCUGAUAAUUCUAAACCUGCGAGCUAAUCAAUUCCAUGGAGUUAUAAGGGAGCCUCGAACAAAACUUCAUUUCCCUAAGUUACGUAUAAUUGAUAUAUCUUAUAAUAACUUCAUUGGUAAAUUGCCGCUCAAAUACAUCCAGAGUUGGAAUGCCAUGACUAGUACAAGUGUUGAAAACUUCGGUUAUUUGACAUCACUAUCCAUCAAUUUCUCAAUAUACUUUGAUUAUGUGGGCAAGCCAAUUUUUUAUUUCCCAGCAUACUUUGACUACGUGGGUAAGCCAGUUUUUAAUUUCCAAUCUGUACUAUCAAUAAAAGGCAUGUAUAGGCAGUUUGAUGGGAUCCAAAAUAUUAUUGCAAUCAUAAACUUCUCCAACAAUAAAUUUAAUGGAGAAAUUCUUGAAGUCAUUGGAAGCCUAAAGGGAUUGUAUGCCCUUGAUUUAUCCAAAAACAGUCUCAGUGGUAGCAUACCCUCUUCACUGGGAAAACUAGCCAAGCUUGAAUCCUUAGACCUUUCUCAAAAUGAGCUUUCGGGGCAAAUCCCUUAUGAACUAGCCCAACUCUUUUUUCUUCAAUACUUCAAUGUUUCAUACAACCACCUCUCAGGGUCUAUACCACAGCAAAACCAAUUAAGUACCUUUGAGAGUAGUUCCUUUGAGGGAAACAUGGGAUUAUGUGGCAUUCCAUUGCCAAACUUGUGUGGAAACUCUGAAGCAUUGAAACCACCACUGGGUGAAGAUGGAGAGCAAGAAGAGUCGAGUUCUCUUUUUCAAUUUUGUUGGCAAGUUGUGGUGAUAGGAUAUGGAUGUGGAUUUUUAGUUGGAUUAUUCAUGGAGAAAAUUGUGUUCCCUCGAAAUGCAUACUAGUUUGUGUAAACGUUUAGAAUAGUAAGUUAAAGCAAGAAGGAGACAAAAGUAGUAAUGUUGAAAGUUGUGUUUUAUAAUCAAAUGCUUUGUAA